AUGAGUGAAGGACCUUCUGCUCUUCCUGAAGGAACGCAUACCGUCACUGUUACGGAGGUUCCGCAGCUGCUUCAAUUGCGUGCUGGCCAGAAUGAGAAAAACAAAACUAAGAAGAAGGACACCAAGUCUAAAGUAAGAUGGGAUGAGAAAGUAAUAGAUAAUGAGAACAUGAACAAGAAGAAAACUAAGAUUUGUUGCAUUUUCCAUCCUAAUACCCCAUUAGAGAGUGAUGAAGAAGAGGAAGGAGAGUGCGAGCACGAUCAUAAUCAUGGACAUGAUUCAUCGUCUUCAUCAUCUUCGUCUUCUUCAGACGAGGAUGAGGGAAAAAGCUUUGACGAAAGAAGAAAGGCAAGACUCGAAAGGCGGAGAAAAAAGCUUGAGCAAAAACGUCCACCAAGUCCGAAUGCAUACGAAGUCCAGCCAGAUUACAGCGCUUAUAGAGAUAAGAACAGAAAAGACGCUCAAUGA